AUGACUCGUCCUAAAACAAGAUAUCGGUACUACCUAGCAAAGGAUGCUGGCCGACCUUCGAGGCGCGCAUCGCCUGAGAAACAACCAAGAAAUCAAAUAACUAUAGGAGAACAACGCCCGAGCCUCGAGGAAGAAGGUGCAAGUCCUGAUCUGAGCCCGUCGGGAUAUGUCGGCUCUUCUAGCAUCCUUUCUAUAUGUCCGAGAUUCUCGCCUGUCAUCUCUCGCAAACCAGCACAUCCCCGGGACAAGGACCCUUGGCCAUUCGAUUUCGUGAAGCAACAAUUCAGAAAACUGUUGGCUUCUUCGGGAUGUGUAGAGCAACUCAUAUUUCAAUACUACGAUAGCGGUCGUUUUACCGUCAUCCCGCGACCUUUGGUUCUUGACCCGAUCUCCACGCUUCUUCGAGAGUUGAGUGCACACCAGAAUGAAGAAGCACUUUUGGAUAGCUAUCUUGCAAAUGCCAGACGAAAUUUACACAAGAGAUUUCCAUCCCUCUCAGCUCAUACAACGGUGACUGAAUUCUUCGGAUAUUUCAAUGCUGACAAUUUUCGACUGGAGUUUGUUGGCCUCAUAUUUGCUCUCGCAGGGGUCUCCGUCUUUUACAGCCAGCAAAACUUCGCUGCAGAAAUGUACGCUGCCAGCAAGGUCUGCAUAGGAAUCUGUGAGGAAUACAAUCAAGUGAACGAUCUUACCGUUUGGUCGCGGUAUAUGAAUUUUAUUCUAGCAUCGAUUCUUUUUGGAGACGCAAGUAACAUUUUAUACCACCGAGCCAGUGAAUUUACAGCCGAAUUAUUCGUCAUGGGUUUCCAUCGACUCAUAUCCUCGCCACCUGAUGUUCCAUUCUUCAUCCUGGAGACUCGUAAGAGAAUUUUUGCGUCGGCCGUGGCCAAGGACAAAAGCCUUUCUACUUUUCUUGGGAGGGCUCCACGGAUAGAUUGCGAUUUUUGUGACUUGCGAACCCCGUUCGAUCUAGACGAUGAAGAGGUCUUGCUUGAGGGCAGCCGACUUGAUACGGCUUUGCAAGCCCUUGAUCGGGAUGAGUGGAAGCGCCCUACCGGGGUGGAUGAGCCCAUCCGGCCAGCUAGUUUGAUUCGACUUCGAUAUCACCAAGCUCACCUUCGCGAGAAGAUUCUACGCCUGUCAUUGGGGAACAGAACGAAGACUUUCUCGGAGACUCUCUCGACUUUGUACGGAGAGUAUCAGGACGCGUGGUCAAAGAUCCCACCGCAUUAUCGCUACAACAAAAGUGUCUGGGAAAAGUCGAACCCCCAAUUAUGCGUGGCACUUUUGAUUGUUCAUCUAGACUAUCUUUACAGCGGUUUUUUGAUAGAACGAAUGCUCACUGAAGAUGGUCAAAUGACUAAGACCUGCCUCCUGGCAACAUCAGCGAAGCUGCUUUCGGGCGUACUUGAGUUCGUCCAGCAGCAACAUUGCUAUCCUGAAUUACGCGAGCGGUUUACAUGGAUGUUCCUUUUCUACGGCCUUCCAGGAGCUGGGACCCUUGCCACCGAGCUUCAUCAUAGCACUCUUCGCGGAGUCCCAUUACAGACCACUAUUCCUUGCGCCAGUAUCAUCCGCGACUUGAGUGUAUUACUAGCAUGGUUCGAGCGCAAGUGUUUUCCCGAUCGGCCUGACUUUCUCGUCUGCGUUCAGAUUAGCAAAGUCAUUGGUGCUCUUUUGGAUGAUACACUGAAUAAGGGUCGACCUUCAUCUCAGAUGGCAAUUCAACCGGGAAACCAGCAGCCAAAUCAGCAUCCGCCGUGUUUAUCUCACCCUGGUCCUGCAAGCCACAGCCACCUUGGGAUGGUUCAGCCGCUACCUGACGCAAUGACAAGCCAAGACUUUCUUAACUGGUUUGACGAUCUGGUGUGGGACGAUCCCUCCAUGAAUUUUGACUCCGUCAGUUAG